GUUUCGAUUCGCUCGGCCCGCAAUCGAUAUCCAGUUUCACAAGAAGCAACGCGAGUCGAACCAAACUUUGUAUUUAUUUUUAAUACAAGAAAGAAAAACGCUGUGCCCACAUUUAGCUAAACUGUGUUUAACCGAGUUGCAUUAGUGAUAAACGCCAGUUAACAGUAGCUUUUAGUAGCGAAAUUGAAAGUCUACGAGCAAGGCAGCAAAGAAGCAAAGAGACAAACGCAACGCCUGUGCAGUGUGUUUGUGUGCGUGCGUGCGUGCGAGUGUGUGUGAGAGAGAGAAAGAGGAAAAGAAAUUUUUCCUCAUCUACUAACCAAAACAAACGCACAAGCACAAAUUGCAACCAUGAACAACAAAGGAGUUAAUGGAUAUCCAACGUAUGACGCCGUACAGCAGGCCGCACAGCAGGCUGCAUAUCAGCAAUACAUGCAUAACAACCAGAUGCACGCACAUGCACAACUUCCGCCUUCGUACAACUCGGUGGUGACCAGUAUGACGCCAACCUACCCGCCAUAUCCGCCCGGAGUCGUGCCCCAGCCGUACUACGCCAACAGCUGGAGCGUGAACCCGUCCCCCCAGGCCCAGUUUGCCCCGCAGCCACCGCCGUACGCGAGUGCACCGGCGGCCGUUGCCGCCAUCCCGGCACAGUCGAUGCAUCCGCAGAUGUACCAGUACCAGAUUGCGGCCGCUCCACCGCCCCAGGCACAGCCACCGCAGGUCUACCAGACGCCCGUCUAUCCGGUGCAGGGUGCCAUGUUCGAUGCCGGUGCGCGGUUCGGCAAGACCGGAGGCCAGCCAACGAUUCCACCGCCCCCGCCCGGGAUCGCCCCGAACGCGGCCCAGAUGGCCUCGAUGCACGGUCAGCAGGUGAUGAUGGCCAAGAAGAAGAACAACUUCCUGCACGGUGGCAACGGGGGCGGCUACACGUUUUGGUGAAGUGUGACAUAGCGUGUGUGUGUGUGUGGUGCUGUGAUGCACAUGCAGCCUUUUUGGUGCAUUUCCGGCAGUAGGUGCCAUGGGAUGAAAGCGUGGGGAGGGGGGGGGGGCAUGAGGAGUAGGGAGCAGGAACAAACAAACCCGUGAAGUUUCGGGUACCCGUUUAGAAGGGAGUUGAAAAGGCUGGACACGAUUUACGAGAAGACUGCAAUCCUAAGGAGAGUGACGCACGCGAAUAGGAAGCUCUGUUACCAGUGGGGGAAGGGGUGAAAUUGGAACAGUUUGCGGGGGGAUUAGUGGGGGGCAGCAUGUAAUGUGAGCAUUGCGAAAAGAACGCAUAGAAAAAAAAGAAACGUUGCCGCGCUCGGGUGAACGUUUUGGAGCGUUCUUACACGAAAGACUUGUAAGUUGCUGAAGGACGAACAUCAAACCAGUGGAGCCGUUUUGGGUUUCUUUUGAACCUUUUUUUUCUUAUAUCGUAUUAUAUUUGUAUCCGUUUGAUGUUGUUUGCAGACGGCAUUUUUCCCUUUCCUUUUCAUUUACGUUACGAAAAUCUUACUGUAAAAAAACAACUUUAUAUAUUACCUUUUAUUAUGAACUUUUCCACUUUCCCCAGUGAAUACAUUCUUUUCAAGCCAGCACGAUGAUUUUUUACAGUUUGAAUACUUUCACUCUCAAACAAGGAAAAGUUUGUACUCCAACCUAUUCUUUUUGAAUCCUAAACGGCACAGAAACAUAAACGAAAACUUGUGUGUUCAAAUGAAGAAAUGAAAUGUGCAAGCGAAAUGAAAAACAAAUUAAAAGCAGAACUACAUUGAAAUCUGAUCAUGAGGCACGUGGUUUGUAGUGCGCGUGUUAAAUGUCGAUAUUGAAUCGAAGCAUAAUAACAAUACCUAUACACUGACCCACACACUUAACAGACUGCUCAAUAUAGCAAACUUUAUGAAGAAUUAAAACAAAACAAAAAAUACAAAAACACACACACACACUCCAGGCAUAUGGAACAUGACGCACAGCGAAGUGGGGGAGUCGAAGAGAGAUGGGUGCUAGACUUUAUAGAAAAGACGGGGUUGGGAAGCGGUCGAAGCGCACGUUGGCAGUGUAGGCAGAAGAGCAGGCAUGUUUAGUAAGUAGCAAAAUGGUUAAUGGAAUUCUCUAUUACUUAGAGUGAUCGAUACCCUUGUUCAAUGCAAAAGGGACGAAAGGAAGGACACUGAAAUAGUUACAAUCUACCAAGCAAAUAAAGCAUUUAAACAACAUCAUCAUCAAACAAAGUCAUAUAGGGAAACGGAUCAGACAAAAUCAGACAAAACGCAAUAAUAGCGGCAAACGAAGCGGGAAAACGAAUCGUGUAUGGUACUAGUGCCCUUUACCUUUUACCGCCUACCUUCCCUCAGUAUAUACAUACAUAUAUAUAUACAAAUAUUACAUAUAACUCCUCACAUUUAGAGAUGACCUCUCUCCCGCGUGUGUUCAUCAAGCGCGAAAGGACCGAAACGGACAAGAAACGGAGGAAACAAAGCGCGCUAACUAAGAAGCAAUCUUCGAAAAGCAAACAUACACACACGCACAAGCACGUGUAAUCGUGCCCGGUGCGAUAGAUAAUGCAAUACAGUAUUGCCUUUUGUGUUUUGAAUUUGUUUGCUGUUUUCGGUCGCCGCAGUGUUGCCGCCCCGUUAUAGUUGUUACGAAAAUCUUACCCCUCCCCAGAAAAUCGUAUUGCCCGCAUACAAGAAGGAACUCAACGUGUUACUUGCUUUGUGAUAGGAGAAGGGGUUGUCUAGCUAACUUGGUCGAAGGAUAAGUGAAAGGUAGGCAGGACCGGCACUGGCCUGAUGGAAGAAAAGAGCAGCAGAAAGCAAAGCAGUCGAAGGAUAAGUGAAAGGCAGGCAGGACCGGCACUGGCCUGAUGGAAGAAAAGAGCAGCAGAAAGCAACCGUUAGAAGAGUUCAAAACCAAGCGUAAGACUCAGUACGAAGUGGCACUUCUGGUCCAGUGUCCAGACUACACCAUCUUUCUUUCCUCUUUCGCGAACCAGUCAGAACACCGGCCCAGAAGUAUUCGUGUGUGUGUUGAGAAGGGCGACCAAAUUGAAAUGACCAAAAUUAGAAGACUUUGAACGGAAACGAAAGCGCUAAAUUAAACACACACCACUAACACGCAAAUGAACACAUAAGCGUGUGGGGAGAAGUGACUUGAAGGAAGUCUCUUAAAAAUCUAACAAUUCCAAACAACAAGCCUCUCGGUGCAGCGUAAAGAAAAAGAAAGAAACUAGCCAGAAAGUAAAGCAAUAGAGGAAGAGGAGUGGCAGUAAAAAAACAAAAAACAAAAGAACGCAAACGAAUCGCGACACAUUCAAUUCAAUUAUAGCAAGUAGUAGUUUAGCGGAAAAUUGCAGCGAGUUGAACGGUUUGAUAAAUAGAACACAUUGGAGUGUAGGCAACGGCAGACGGUAAACAAAACGAAAAAGGAAGAAAGGGUCCUUGAGUGAAAAUAAGGAAAUUGAUUAUUAAAAUCCACAAUCCCACAAGUGAUCUAGUUUGGCUGAGAAACUUUAUUAAAAAAAGAAAAACAACAAACAAACGAAACUAUAUAUACUUAUACAUAAUAUUAUACGUUAAAAUCCAUAUUCAGGAAAGGAUCGGAUCGAGCACGAAGAUGGAACAGAAAUGCAUGAAUGAAACGGAGAAAGGAUGAACAUACGCACCUAUUGCUUAUUGCAAAACAAAACAAAAACUCGUAAAGGAAAGGAAUGAGAAUUGCAGAAAGGGAAACGGUCGAAACGAAGGGAUGCUUUAAUAUUAGCCAAAAGCGUGUGAAGCGUUGUAGUAAAAGUACCUAAGGUAGGGCCGGUAAUUUACUAAACUAAUGAAGUUGGAAGCAUAUGCCGAAGGAAAGAAGGAAAAUGGCACGACGAAGGCGAUCCGGUAACUGAGAAAGUGGGAUUUAGUUUUGUUUCCAUUCCGUUUCAUUUGAUAUCUUUUAUGUGUGUUUUGUGUGUUUCCGUUUCGUUUUUUUGAGUUUAUUUGAAUGUGGGCAAAGAAGAAGAAGAAAAAACGCACCUUUAUAUCUCAUUUCUCAAAAAAAACCCCGCGCGCCUAGGUAAUUCCAGUUUCGUUUCCACCAACGAACGUCGGUUGCAUAAAUAUAUAUGUACGGCAUGUGA